UUCAACAACAGAUUGGACGAAUUCGACAACGGACUGGUUAAGAACGCAUAAAUUAACGGAUUGGAUAACAACUGUUGCUGUUUCUGUUGUUGCUGGUGCUGUUGCUGGUGCUGUUGCUGUUGCUGCUACUGCUGCUGGUGAUGUUGAUGUUUCUGGUGCUGUUGCUUUUGUUGUUGCUGUAACAACAAUAUCCCACAGUGGAAUGGGAUUGGAAAAGAAUAUUUACUUUGAUAUUCACGUCUGUUUAGAGACACGAACUACGACACAGCCUGUUACUACACAGAUUACAACUCCAGUUGACACUACGACACCGAAAGUUACUACGCAGGCUGGAACUCCAAAUAAUACUACGACACAGCCUAGUACUACGAGUACACAGCCUAAAACUACAACAGUUAUAACAACACAGGAAACACCAUCUGAGCCUACGAACAUAAUCUGUACAACAGCAAUCUGCACAUGUACAUUUCCUCAGCAGACGGACCCAUAUGUUAUCUGGGAAUCCGCAUCUUUAGGAGAUUCUGAUUUUUCGGUUUUUAAGGCAAAUAAUAUUACAGGAGACCAUUCCAGCCACACACUGGAGAUGAAGUAUGUGCCGUUGGAAUCACAAGUCAGUAUAUAUUUAUAUAUUCUUUACUCAUUAUUUUAUGCGUAUUCAUAUCAUCAGGAUUAAUGAUAUUGUUGGUAUUAUUAAUUAGUGGUCUGAUGUUCGAGUUUCUUACGGUUAAUAUUGGUCAAAGUUACAGGUUCAAACAGCUUUUGAUAAACAGCAAUAAUAUGUGUAUAUCAGACAACAACUUUAUAUAUAUAUAUACAUAUAUAUAUGUAUAUACAUAUAUAUAUAUGUAUAUAUAUGUAUAUAUGUGUAUAUACCUGUAUAUGUAUAUAUUUGUAUAUUGUUUUGCUCAGACUUUUUGGAUUGUACGUGAUAUAUUAUUAACUUAAGUGAAUUACAUAACUACAUAGCUUUUCUGCGAUGAUAUUCGUUUGCUAUAAAAUAUUUUGCCUAAAUUAAAACCAGAUGUUGGAUAUAUUCAUCCAACAUUUGUUUUCCAUUUUACAGAACAACCACAAAUUAAGCUCUCUUCGCUCACGACCCCGCCCUUUUCUUCUCACCAUUGAAUCCGUACCGGGGACCCCAACUGUGCAAUAGUCAUGAUGAACUCUGGAUCCGCGCCUG